AUGGACUACCAGGGCAUCCCACGAGGCACAAUUCGCCAAGAGGCCCUCAAAAAGCUAGCCAAGCUAACGGUGGAAGAGUCGUCGACGUCCAUCCAGGAGGUCGACAGCACCUCCGACAACUUCACCAAGCUUCUCUCCUCCACCAACAAGGAAGAUGUGUUCAAUCCCGAGGACUUGUCGACGGUUGCCAUCACUCCUAAGGAGUACGAGGUGUUGUUGGCGUUGUGUGAAUCCACCAACGAGGAGUUCAAGUUCCCAAACCACGCCCAGGCGUUGUUGAACAAGUUCAGACUCUACUUCUUGGAAUUGCCUACCCAGAAGUUUUCUCCCACCAUCGUCAACAAGUACUCGUCUUCGUCCACACCAUGGCACACCAUCAGUGAGAGCUUGACUACCGCCAUCAUCCAGCUCGGCAAAAAAUUCGACUACAUGUUGAUUGAUCAGGCCAUUGAGAUUUUCCAGGCGUUCAACGACUCGUUCUUCGCCAACAAGUCUUUGGAGCUCUCGAACUACUUCACCCUCUUGGGCUGCUUAUCUGGCCUCACCAAAAAUGCUGACAUCUUGACCUACUCCCCCAGGUCCUUCAGAUUGUUCUUGAGUCUCGACACUUUGAUCGAUAAUUUUGAUUUCUUGAACGAUGUGGAGAUCUACUCCAACACCAUUUACUCCCAGCAAAACCAGUCCAAUUCCUUCAAUGACUACUCCAACAUCCUUGACAAGGACUUGGUGAUUGACUUUUCUCCCGUACUUUAUCUCGAGUACUUGGGCAAGCUUUCAUGCCGUAUAAUCAACUCAAUUAUUGACAACAACAAGAAGCCAUUAUUGGAAAGCAUCAUUGAACGUGUUGCUUCGAGGUAUGACGAUGGCUCAUUCACUGCCCACGAUGGUAUCUUUGAUAACUACCUCCUCACAAAGGAGAACAUGGAUAUUAGCAGAGAACAUAUGGACAUCAUCAAGCAUUUGACCGAGAUUGCAAUUCAGAAGAUGGAGUUCUUAGAUAGGGGUGAAUCGUAUAUCGUGUACUCGACAUACAAUAGAUUGAGACUUGGAUACUCAGCAAAGAGUUACUUUUUACAAGUCAUCAGUUGUGGUAUUUUCACCGACAACAUUGACAUCAAGGUUUCUAAAAGACUUUUCAAAAACUGUUUGGAAAUCAAAGACGUCAUGUUAGAUCAAGAUCUUGGAUUAAGUGUGAUUCAGUUAGGCUCUUUAUUGAUCUUCAAAGAUGAGAAGAUGGGCAACUUAUUGACCAGAUCUUUCACUUCAUUGGUCUCCAAUCCAAGGUUUUCUAAAGAGUACUGUCUUGAAGCUUCCAAGAGCUUGGGAGUUGCAAGUAAGGUGUUAUCUCAGGAUGCAGUGAUCACCACCAUUUAUGCAUUGACAAACUUGCUCUUUGUGGGACAUGAAAAUCAACAGAUUAGGAACAAUUUGAGAACCAGGACCACUGGUCUCAGAGACAACGGAUCUCUUAGAGGCGAAUCUAUAAAGGAUUCAAUUUCAAGAUCUAAUUCACUUAGCUCCAUUCCAAACCAUGGAAAAAACCAUGGCGUUGUUCCUGAAUUCAAUGAUAGCGACUACAAAAAGGUCUGCGAGAAUGCCAUAAUCGCAAUCAUUGAAAUUGCAAAGGCCUGUGACGAUGAGAAGGUAACUACCUUGGCAGUAACUUUGUUGAGUCAAAAGACUUCGAAUUUGAACUCCACAAUCGGCCCCUUGUUGUUGGCAGGCUUGAGUUCAUGUGCGCCAUACUUGCCAGAAAGGGAAUUUGUGAUUUUGAUCAAGUCACUCUUCAGAUUAAGUCUCGAAGCUUUUGAAUCUAAAAAUGAAUCAAUGCUUACAAAUUUGAUUUCCUCCCAGGUGGUACUUUCAAAGAAGCUAAGCCAGAAGAGCGCUUUGUUCAACGUGUACCUCCACGAGCUCUUGCAAACCAUCAUUAGUAAAGGUGACGUUCAGGUUUUAGAGCACCACAGAUCUCACAGCGAAAUUCUUGAGAUUGGCUCUCAAAUCAGUAUCUACCUCAAGCCAUUAUCGGAGUUAUUGCCUAAUGUUGAUCUUGGCGAGCCUCCAUUAGAGAUCAAGAGUGUCGAGACUGUCAAUUUGUUCAAAAACUUCUGGUUCAACUUGGUUGUUCACGGAUACUCUGUUAGAUCAGAAAUAGCCAAGCCUUAUAUCCCAGAAUUAGAAAGAAUUGCAUACAAUUCGCCUCCAUUGGUCAGUGAGGUUUCUUGGGAUAGAACCGAAACUUCCUUGGAAUUGAAUACUAUUUUGAGGCGUGGCUCUUCGAACCACAAUAUCAAGCACCACAGAACGUUCUUGGGGGAAGUUUUUGAAGUCCACAGAUCUUUAUCCUACCAGAAGUUGAUCUUUUUGUCGUCCGCGAUGUUUUUGGAAUCCUUGAGAGUAAAGACGGGUGAUUGCUCCAAAAUCCUUCAAUACUACUCAGAUCCAUCGGUGAAGACCAGUGGAGUGGACAAGUUUAUUGGUCAUAUUUCUCACAAGAUAAUGAAGGAUUUUGUUACCUUAGUUAACCAUGGUGGGAAUAAGCAAUUUAGUGCUGACAAUAUUUCACAUCAAUUGACGGAAAUAUUAGCUUUAUGUUGUCACAGACUUAGGGACUUACAGGAUACCGCUUUCCAAUGUUGCGAAAUCUUGAUCAACUCAGUUCCAUCUUCCUUAAUCCAUCAACAGAGUUUGUUCACCUUAUUCGACUUGUUGAGUGUGCUUUACGACAGUAUUGUGGAUGCUGAUGAAAAUUUGUACCAACCCACUACUAAUUUCAAGACCAGGCAUUAUGGAAUCAUGUUGUCUUUGUCUGAUGACUAUCAAUGGAGAAAACAAACUUUUAAAAGGUUCGAAGAAAGGGCCCAUUUAUGGAUGAAAUUAGUGCUCUUGAAGAGUAAUUUCGAUGUCAAGAGUUUGAUUCAAUCGUAUGUAUCGAACUUGAAUGAGAUUCAGUCCGGCAAGAUCCAUUAUGGUGUUUCUUUUGCUUUGAACAUUGCAGGAACUGUUGUUGGAAAUAGAGAGAACUUCAUCACUAAUGAGGUUGCUUCGUCUUUCCACCCUCAUUCCCAUACCUCCAACGUAAUUCUUCAAUUGAAUUUAAGAAGUGAUCUUAUGAAUAAGGUUCCACUUCAAUCAAACUAUGAUACAAUCUUGAAGAACAUAAAGUUGAAGGUUUUUAAUAUCGAGUCUAAAAUUACUCCCAUCGGUACCAAUAAUGAUCCAACGUCGUUGGUUGCAUCUAAUUCUAUCACCGAUACUGAAAUUAACUCCUUGCUUAAUGAAAUUGCCGGUUUGAUACUUCUAUCCGACUCCAAUAACGGUGAAUUAAUACGUUACCUCGUUGAGUUACCUUUCAAGACAUUGAAGGCUUCUAUUAUAAACUAUGCCAUUAUCGUUUGGCUCACAAUCAUGAAAGAUAAACCUACUUUGGCCACAUUGAUAAUUGCAGAAAUCAUUAAACAUUGGGAAAUUUCGGUUGACUUGAAAUUGGGUUUAUUCUCACAAUCCCUGAAUAUUAUUGAUUCCACUUUCUGCAAGAUGGAGUACUCUCCAAGUGACCUGAAAUUAAUCAAGAUUGCUAGCAAGACGACCAACGAAAAGUUUAAGGCCCACCUCAGUAUCAUCAAAUUGAUCUCAUCUAACUUCCAGGCCACUCUUAACCAAAGUGACCACUUAUUGAAGAUAUUCACUAGAUUUGUUGAGGUUGGACUUGAAGGUUUAAACUCUGCUAGUUUACAUCCAUUUUCGAGGUUAUUGAGAUUCCAAUUGGUUAGAUUUGCUUUUGACGUCUUGAACUACCAUUCCAAGUUAAAGUCAAGAAGUUUGGUUCACCUCACUGAACUUAUUUUCACAGGUUCAUUGUCAUGGUUUAGACAAAAGUUUUCUUAUCCAUAUGGAGGUAAUCUUUUGAAGAUCAAAGCCGACUUUGAAUUAUUGAAGGAGGUUACGCGUUUGAUUGCAGCUACUGAAACAUUUGGAAAGGAGAGCUUGGAGUCUAAGAAAACUAUUGUUUUGUUUUUCCUCGAUGACGAAAUCUCCAAGAUCUCCAUUUGGUUGAACCCAUUGAAUCCCAACGACCUUAGAGGCUCUUAUAGUCAAGGCCAGCUCUCAUCCAACCAUAUUAUCCAAAGUUAUUCCAUCGAUCCUAUUUUGGCAAUCAAUUUGGCAUUGAGAUAUAAGAUUAAAAACUUGGAUGACUUGCUUCAAAACCUCAUUACCAAGAACCCAUUGCCCUCAGUUUUCUACCCUGAAGCUGUUCAAUUCUUCAUUGGUAUCAACGGAGGAGUCAACAUGCCUAAUCACUAUCUUUUAUUUUGGACUCCAUUGCCUCCAAUUGAUUGUAUUACUUUAUUCUUACCACCAUUUGGAAACAAUCCUUAUAUCUUGCAAUUCACUAUGAGAUCAUUGGAGCAUCAUGAUGUCAAUUUGACCUUUUUCUAUGUUCCACAGAUUGUUCAAAGUUUGAGAUUCGACUUCAAAGGAUACGUGGAAAGAUUCAUUAUUGAAACUGCUAAGGUUUCCCAAUUGUUUGCCCAUCAAAUUAUAUGGAAUAUGUUGGCAAAUAGUUUCAAGGAUGAAGACUCGUUGGAGCCUGACUCUUUGAAGCCAACAUUGGAUAAAAUCCAAGUUAAGAUGUUGGCAACAUUCAAUGCAAAAGAUUUGGAUUUCUAUGAGAAGGAAUUUGGUUUCUUUAACGAGGUUACUGACAUUUCUGGUAAGUUGAAGCCAUAUAUCAAGAAAUCUAAGGCAGAGAAGAAGGUCAAAAUCGAUGAGGAAAUGUACAAGAUUGACGUCCAACCAGGUGUUUACUUGCCCAGUAACCCUAACGGUGUUGUAAUUGAUAUCAACAGAAAGUCAGGUAAGCCUUUGCAAUCACAUGCUAAAGCGCCAUUCAUGGCCACUUUCAAGAUCCAAGAUGAUGUUGAAACCAUUGACGAAUUUGGUAAGAUUGUCCACAUUCCUAUUGAGAAGUGGCAGAGUGCUAUUUUCAAAGUUGGUGAUGAUUGCAGACAGGAUGUUUUGGCAUUGCAAUUGAUUUCCGUUUUUAGAACCAUCUGGAACAAUGCCGGUUUGGAUCUUUUUGUAUACCCUUACAGAGUCACAGCAACUGCUCCUGGGUGUGGUGUUAUUGAUGUCUUACCAAACUCUAUCUCCAGAGAUAUGUUGGGAAGAGAGGCUGUCAAUGGAUUGUACCAAUACUUUACCACCAAGUUUGGACCGGAAGAGUCAAUGGAAUUUCAGGAAGCCAAGAACAACUUCAUCAAAUCGUUGGCCGCAUAUUCGAUCAUUUCGUAUCUUCUCCAGUUCAAAGACAGACAUAAUGGUAACAUUAUGUACGACGAUCAAGGACAUAUUUUGCACAUUGAUUUUGGUUUCUGUUUCGAUAUCGUUCCUGGAGGAGUUAAGUUUGAGGUUGCACCAUUCAAGUUAACACAUGAAAUGAUUUUAGUGUUGGGAGGAAACCACAAUACCCAGGCUUUCAGAUGGUUCGAGGAAUUGUGUGUCAAGGGAUACUUGGCGUGUCGUCCAUACAUGGAGACCAUUGUUAGGUGUGUGACGCCUAUGUUGGAGAGUGGGUUGCCAUGUUUCAAAGAGACCACCAUCAAGAAGCUUAGAAGCAGAUUUGUGCCCUCCAAGAGUGAAAAGGAUGCCAGUGUGCACAUGAGAGGCUUGAUCAGAAAGUCUAUGGAGAGUUAUUACACCAAGGGCUAUGACGAGUUCCAAAGAAUCACCAAUGGUAUUCCAUACUAG